AUGGCCGAAAAAUCAAUUCAUCAUCUUCCACUCCUUACGAAAGUCAACUUCCAGAACUGGAAGAACAUAAUGUUUUCGUAUUGUCUCGAAAGGAAUCUCGACGAUCAUCUUCUUUCCGAUUUGGUCAAAGAAGAGAAAGACGCUGUUGCUAAAAUCUCACUUCAAGAUAAGAAGGCAGCUGCAGCCGGGAUCCUUGGACGUAACUUGGGUGUUGAAAAUUACGCUAAGUUCAUUACUGAAGAUAAUCGAAAGCAACCUCAUCUUAUUUGGAGCGCUCUCAUCGAUCAUUUUCAAUCUGACACUUCACAAAAUCAUGCGGUUGUGUAUCGCGAUUUCUUAAGUAUCAAAUACACUUCAUCUCUUGAGCAAUUCAUUACGGACGUUGAUUGCGAUUUGAGAGAGCCACAUACCCAUAGGCACAUUCAAAACCGGUCCUUGGUGGGAAUGUGUCCUCCAUCGAUGACCGGUCUUGACCGGUCAUCAAUGGGGGUGUUGACUCCCAUCAAUGACUGGUCAAAACCGGUCAUCAGUGGGAGUGUUUCUGGUUGUUGA